AUGUUUGCUCCCGGCCAAGAACAGCUUUCCAAGGAGGAGAUCCGCGCUGGUGAGAUCGAGGCUAGCCAGACCGUCCAGAUGGCGGUUCUCGGUGGUGUUCUUCUCUACCUGUCUCCUUUCGCCAUCGACUUCGCCCGCAAGUUCCUCUAA